AUUUUUAUAACAGAGAAGAUGGAAGGAGGGAAAGAAUAAGGGAGAUUGCGGAUUACAAAUUUUUAAUUCAACUUCACCAUUUAAUACAACAUCAAUUGACAUUGAUAAUCAUAGAAUUUAUAAUCAAUCAUCAUAGAUAGACAUGUCUUGGGAAGGGUUUAAAAAAGCUGUCAAUCGUGCCGGUGGUUCCGUUCUUGUUAAGGAUGUUGAUAAGACUAUGGAUAAAGAUUUUGAUGUAGAAGAAAGAAGAUAUAAUACUUUAAAGACAGCAGGGAAUAAUUUACAAAAGUCAUCGAAGGGAUAUUUAGAUUCCUUAAGAGCAGUUACUGCAUCACAAGUUACCAUUGCUGAAAUUGUAUCUAAUUUAUAUGAAGAAGCAAAACAAGGCCCAUCAUUAUAUUCCAAUGUUGGUACAUUAUAUUUACAAUGUGUUAGAGAAUUUGAUGAAGAAACCGUAAAACAAAUGGAUGGACCAUUUAGAGAAACUAUUUUAGAUCCUAUAACCAAAUUUGCGGGAUAUUUUAAUGAAAUUGAUGAAGCUAUUAAGAAAAGAAUUCAUAAAAAGACUGAUUAUGAUCAAUGUAAAUCUAAAGUUAGAAGAUUAAUAGAUAAACCUGCUAAAGAUGCUGGAAAAUUACCUAGAGCUGAAAAGGAAUUACAAGUUGCUAAAGAGAUUUAUGAUGAUUUAAAUGAACAAUUAAAAGCUGAAUUACCUCAAUUAAUUGCAUUAAGAGUUCCAUUUUAUGAUCCAUCAUUUGAAGCAUUAGUUAAAAUUCAAUUAAAAUUUUGUACUGAAGGUUAUUCAAGAUUAGCUCAAAUCCAACAAUAUUUAGAUCAAAGUUCUCGUGAUGAUUAUGCAAAUGGAUUAUUAGAUGGUAAAAUUGAUGAUUUACUUGUACAAAUGAAUGGAUUAAAUAUAAGUAGUCUUGGUGCCAAGUAGGAUACACCCACAACCCCAGAUAUUAGUUGUUGUUGUUGUUGUUGUUGUUAUGUAUAUUUAUUUCUUUUUUUCUUUUUCUUUUUUUUUUUGUUUUCUUUUUCUAUUAAUAUGUUACUACUACUGUAAUAAGAAGUAUCAUUAAUUGAUAAUGAAUGAAUUGAUAUGAUGUAGAGUGGAUAGGGUUUAUCUGUAUGUACAUCAAAUUUAAGAUGUUGAUGGAUGGGAUCUCCUUUAAAAAGUUAAAAUGUAGUCGCACCAACCAGACAGACACUAAAUUAAAAUCAGACAGACAGACACAAAAUAAAAUUAAAAAUGAAACAUCUGACAGUCAGACAGACAGUCAGACAAAAAAAAAUUGUCGGAGAGAGAUUAAACAUUUUAUUGGAUAACG